CUAUUGGUUGGAGGCCGCGCCGAGAACUGUGCGUACUGGAGAGGCGUGGCACCAGCAGCCGUUGAAAGAUGGCGACUGUUACGGAGCUGAAAGCUGUUUUAAAGGACACCUUGGAAAAAAGGGGAGUGUUAGGACAUUUAAAAGCAAGGAUCCGUGCUGAAGUUUUCAAUGCCCUGGAUGAUGAUCGUGAACCCCGACCGUCUUUGUCUCAUGAGAACCUUCUAAUUAAUGAAUUAAUUAGGGAGUAUUUGGAAUUCAAUAAAUAUAAAUACACAGCCUCUGUCCUCAUAGCAGAAUCUGGUCAACCUGUAGUUCCAUUGGACAGACAGUUUCUCAUCCGCGAACUAAAUGCCUUUGAAGAAUCAAAGGAUAACUCAAUUCCUCUAUUGUAUGGAAUUUUAGCCCAUUUCUUGCGUGGUCCUCCAGAUGGAGCCCAGAAUGUGCUUCUGACUGAGUCAACCCUGCACCCGGCAAGCAAGCAUGUCAGCUGGAAGCCCAGCAGAAGACCCGACGGUAGAAUGAUAUCUCUCCUGUGGUGGUACCUGAAGCAGAAUUGCUGGUUCACAGACAGCACGUCGUAUUUAAAUGACCACGUGAGGAAGGACACAGGGCCAAGAACCACAACUGAAGAGCUUCCUGCUGCUGCACAAGCAGUCAGCAGAUGAUGCAAUGCAUACACCAGGCUCAUCACCUCAGCUGUGUGUGGAGUAACCGACGUAUUAUUCCCAAUGCCAUCAAUUAGACCACCACUGCUUGUAAAUGUUUGAGUGUCUGCAUUCAGCCACUCAUGGUUUACUGCAUUUGUGGAACGCUGAUCUGUCAUCUCGCUUGCUGGAUGCCACUGGGGAAAAUUUAUUGUUUUCAGGAUGUAUUUUUAAAGUUCUCAUUUGUGAAAUCUGAAAGGGCUUUCUAGUACUUUCUAUAGGUUUUUUUUUUUUUUUUUUUUUGGCCAGCUCUAAGGGCUGUUGCUAUGUUGCUGGUAAAGCACUUCCCUUUCCUGUGCAAGGUCCUGGGUUCAAUCCUAGCACUGAAGAAAGAAAACACAAGAACAGGUGUUUGUCCAUGUGCUCUGCUCAUUAAACUUUUUUCAGCUAGAAGUAUAUGGACCUAUGGGGAAAGUCAUUCAUGUUUUGAAAAAAUAUCUAAAGGAAUAUUAAAACCAGAACUUAAUUUAUAUGAAGUUUGAUUUUUUUAAAAAAUACCUGAAUUAUUGCCUGCCCUGGCUAGUUUUAUAUCAACUUGAUACAAGCUAGAGUCAUUUGGGAAGAGGGACUCUGAAUUGAGAAAAUCCCUCCAUCAGAUUGGCUUAUGGGCAAACCUGUAGUACAUAUUUCUUGACUCAUGAUUGAUGUGGGAGGGUCCAGCCCAUUGUGGGUGGUGUCACCCCUGGGCAGGUGAUCCUGGGUUCAGUAAGAAAGACUGAGCAAGCCCUGGGGAGCAAGCCACUAAGUAGCACUCCUCUGUGGCCUCUGCAUUAACUUCUGCCCUGAUUUCUCUCAGUGACAAACUGUGAUGUUGAACUGUAAGCUGAAAUAAACCUUCUUCUUCCCAA